AUUUACAGUCCCUCCAACAAUCGUUCCUCUGUCCACCGAAAAUGAUAAGUGGCUUGAGAGUUGGGGGCCUCCGCAUGAGCUGCCUCCGCCUGCCUUACGCGGCUGAGGCGCCGCUCGUCCGCCCUUCAUUUCAGCCCUCCCGCCUCCGCCGUAGGAGUAGACUCUUCUCGACCUCUUGCUCCGCGGCGGCGCCUAGAAAGAAAGGCGAGCGGCAGAAAGUAGUGGUGAUAUCUGGACCUACAGGAGCCGGCAAAAGCAGGCUUGCUUUGGAACUCGCCAAACGACUCAAUGGAGAAAUUGUUAGCGCUGAUUCAGUCCAGGUGUAUAGAGGUCUUGAUAUUGGGUCGGCAAAACCUUCAUUUAGCGAAAGACAGGAAGUACCACACCAUUUGGUUGACAUAUUGCACCCAUCUGAAGAAUAUUCUGUUGGACAAUUUUACGAGGACGCAAGACAAAUAACAGGAGAAAUUCUUAGUAGAGGUCGUGUCCCAGUAGUCACAGGUGGUACAGGGCUGUACUUACGGUGGUUCAUUUAUGGGAAACCAGAUGUUCCAAAAGCUUCUCCUGAGAUCACUUCUGAAGUGCAUUCAGAACUCGCAGAUUUACAGAGGGAUGGUGAUUGGGACGCUGCUGUGCAAUUUGUGGUGAAAGCAGGUGAUCCAGGUGUCCAAUCUUUAGCUGCAAAUGAUUGGUAUAGAUUACGUCGGAGACUUGAAAUUCUCAAGUCAAGUGGUGCAUCUCCAUCAGCCUUUCAAGUGCCCUAUAAUUCUUUCAAAGAGAAGCUUGAAUCCAGUGAAAUAGAUGCUUCUGGCAUGAAGUCUUCAUCUUCUGAAUUCAAUGAGAGUACAUCAAAAAAUUUGGACUAUGAUUUUAUUUGUUUUUUCCUCUCAACCCAAAGGCUGGAUCUUUAUAGAUCAAUUGAUUUCCGGUGUGAAGAUAUGCUUUUAGAUGAUGGACUUUUGUCAGAGGCAAAGUGGCUUCUUGAUUUGGGGCUUCUGCCAAAUUCUAAUUCUGCAACUCGAGCUAUUGGUUAUAGACAAGCAAUGGAUUACCUACUAAUGGCCAGAGAACAAGGGGGCUGGAGUUCUGCUAAAGAAUUUUUUAAUUUCCUAUCCGAGUUUCAAAAAGCAUCCAGAAACUUUGCGAAAAGACAAUUGACAUGGUUCCGGAAUGAGCCCAUCUACCAAUGGAUAGAUGCCUCAAAACCGCUGGAAAACGUGCUCAGAUUCAUAUGUGAUGUGUAUGAUGACGAUACAGGGAAGCUUAAGGUACCUAGAUCCCUGUGCAUGGAGAAGGAUAUAUCAAAUCUGAAAGAAGUCCGACUGCUUAAAGCUUAUCGCACUAAAAACAGGCAUUUCAUCUCCCGGGAAGAUUGUAAUGGUAUUCUGGACUGGGUGAGGAGAACUCAAGGGGAAGCCACCAUCUCCAUUAGAUAGCACCCCAAACAGUGCCUAAAGACAUGGUCUUGAGUUUUCCCUUUUCUUGCCAUCUCUUUCACUUACGUGUAUAACGCACCAAACACUACUGUGUGGAGACAUAGAUGUAAAGAUUGUUUGACUGGAUGCUCACAGAAACAUCACGCCAAUGUAUCGGCGGCACCCAUUCUGGUACAGAGGAUAGAGCGCAUCAGAGAUCCUUUCAUCCAAGCACACGGCACCAUCACAAAAAGGUCGAUCAUUAUUUGUAUGAUCAAAUAUAAGCCUGACUUUUCGUUUUAUGCAUAUUUAUCCUCUGAGUUCUUAAGCAAAUAAACCCUGAGGUUUCUGCACAACGACAGGAUCGAUGUGGAAGAAUUGUUUAUAAUGUCAGCUCCCUUUGUAACA